CCUAGAUAGCGACUUCUCGAGUGUUGUACGGAAAUGAGAUGAUCACCUUUGGUUCCCUGAAUUUCACAAACGGCAGAGGACUAAAAGGGGAUUCAGUGGAAAAGUAAGCUGAAGGUGUCUGACUACAAAUCAUUUUCAAACAGCUACUAAUUCGUACUACUUUAUCUAAUAAAAGAAUAGCGAGCUUACUCGUUAGCCGCCAGGACAACUAGCUCGCUUACUAAGCUAUGACAACAACGAGGCUGGGAACGAAAGCCGACUCCCUCUUCAGGUCGCUUUUCCAAUGAGGAGAACUUGCCCUUUUGGCCCCGUGCAUCACCCUUCCUCGCCAUGGCAAAGCUCUAUCUGCCUACUUUCCUCUUCCUGAUUUUUCUGUCCUCCUUCGUCCUCCUGCUGCUCAUCCUUCUGACCCCUGUCACCCCCUCGCUUCCUUUAGCGCCUGCCUCUGAUCCCUCACUUUGGCCGUCACCCUCUUGCAGUCCAGGUCAGUCCUGGGCAGUUCGACUGCACACUGGUCUUGAUCACAAGGAAGAAGAUAGUGAACACGGUGCUGUGCACAUGGAUUUCAUAGCUAACAAGGUAGCGGAGCAGGCUGGGCUGCACAACCAUGGCCAGAUAGGACACCUGGAAGGCCACUACUUGCUGUGCUCUACAAAGCCCGGUGCUGGGUCUGUAGGACGCAUCAAGAGACAAGCUCUCCGCCCUGAGGAUGUUUUAGCAGGACACCCUCAUGUUAUGUGGUACUCUCAGGAGAGAGUGCUCAGCCGCUCAAAGAGAUCGAUGGCCUUCAACGAUCCCAACUACCCCAAACAGUGGCACCUGCAUAAUGACGUCAGUAAGGGCAUGGACAUCAACGUGACAGGAGUGUGGGAGCGUAACAUUACCGGCCAGGGAGUCACAGUGGUAGUUGUUGAUGACGGUGUAGAGCACACCCACCAAGACAUUCAGCCAAAUUAUAGUCCAGAAGGCAGCUACGACCUUAACUCAAAUGACCCAGACCCCAUGCCUCACCCUGACAUUCACAGCGACAACCACCACGGUACUCGGUGCGCUGGAGAGAUUGCAGCUGUUCCCAACAACAGCUUCUGCGCAGUGGGAGUGGCCUAUGGCAGCAAAGUAGCAGGUAUUAGAGUGCUCGAUGGCCCGCUGACAGACAGCCUGGAGGCUAUAGCCUUUAACAAACACUACCAAGUUAAUGACAUCUACAGCUGCAGUUGGGGUCCAGAUGAUGAUGGGCAUACUGUGGAUGGACCUCAUCCUCUGGGCAAGGCAGCUCUGCAGCACGGGGUGAUUGCAGGCAGACGAGGAUUCGGGAGCAUCUUUAUAGUUGCCAGCGGUAACGGUGGUCAGUACAACGACAACUGCAACUACGACGGGUACGCCAACUCGAUCUACACCAUUACAAUCGGAGCGGUCGACGAGAAAGGCAAGAUGCCAUUCUAUGCUGAGGAGUGCGCAUCCAUGCUGGCCGUCACUUUCAGCAGCGGGAGGGGCUCUUUGAGGAGCAUUGUGACUUCAGACUGGUCCAUGCAGGGGGGCACAGGUUGUACCGAGGGUCACACCGGUACGUCUGCUGCAGCACCCCUGGCAGCAGGAAUGGUGGCCCUCAUGCUGCAGGUCCGGCCCUGCCUCACCUGGAGGGAUAUCCAGCACAUCAUCACCUUCACUGCCACCAAGUGCGACAGUAGUGCCGACUGGAAGGUGAAUGGAGCAGGAUUUCAUCACAGCCACCAGCACGGCUUCGGUCUGCUCAACGCGUGGAGGCUCGUCAAUGCCGCCAAGGUGUGGGAGUCAGUGCCAUUCCUCUUGUCCUAUCAGAGCUCUGUAAUAAAGGAGGAAACCCCCAUUGUGAUCUAUCCCGAUGAGCUUGUCCUUACCUGGGAAGUCUCUGCUGCCGACCUGAGACAGUCUGGAAUGGAGACCCUGGAGCAUGUGGCCGUAACCGUGACAGUCAUCCACCCUUGCCGUGGCAACGUGGAGUUCGUGUUGAUCUGCCCCAGCGGUAUGAGAUCAGUCAUCGGGGCUCGCCGUGCCAUCGACAGAGAUAAUGCAGGCUACCAGGACUGGACUUUCUCCACUGUGCGCUGCUGGGGAGAGAGAGCCCAGGGCCUCUAUACCCUCAAGAUCUCUGACCACAAAGAUGAAUCUUCUGACCAGUGUGCCGCUGUGGGAGUGCUGAAGGAGAGGAAGUUGACUCUGUAUGGUUCAUCUAUGAUGUUCAGCGAGGUCAAGGAAAGACAGAGGCUGGUGGAGGAGGCAAUGACUGGGAAGUAUCUGCACAGCAACUUCUCUCUGCCCUGCCCUCCAGGCCUGGACCUGCCUCCAGAAAUCACCAAGCCUUUCACGUCCAACAACCUCAAGUUCAUGCUGUUGCUUGGCUGUUUUGCUCUCUUCUGGUCCCUCUACUACACAUUGGAGGUCAUGAUGGCCCACGUAGACUUCAGGGUCCUUCUCUGCUUGCCCAGGAGACAGGGUGGUCACAGGAGGGGGCGACAAGGGAAAGGAGUGGAGGAGGCACUGAUUGGGGAUGAGGACGGGGAGGAUGAGGAGCAGGACUCAGGGGUGGAGUUGCAGGCAGUGCUGGACUCUGAUGUCAAAGAGCCGCUUGCCAGUGGGGAAUGGCUGGCAACAUAGCACUGAGCCAGAGGAAGGGCUAAAACCAUCAAACUGUUAGUCCUUAUAGGACCUCUCAGGCUUACACCUUCGUUUUGCCACUCGCCAACUUAGCCUCCCACACUCAGCUUCCAGCAGUGGUGUUGGAGUGUCAAACCAGUGCACUCUUGUCCUUCUUUGCAUUCCCCUUAAGAGUGGCCUUCAGUGUGUUUGUGCUGCACGCAAAGGUGUGUGGCUUGUGCACAUCCCCUUAAUAAAGGUGAUCACAUUUUUUCUGCGAUCUCUUUAGACAUGGAAGAAAAAUUUGGUACGAAGGUUAGAAUUCCUGUAAAGUAAGUUAAUGCACAGGUCUGGUAUGACCAUCAGAUGGACCUAACAGGGUUCCUGGUUGAAUUACAUGUGUGAAUGUGUUCAUUUGCUCAUAUAUGUUUAAAAUGUAACCUCAAAGAAGAGCUUGAUAGGAUGCAAUACACCUGUGGAAGUAAGAACUGAGAUGUGCACUUAAGAAAAAAAACAGGUGUGAAAGUGUGUGUGUGUGUGGUAACCUGAGCGAUUGUGCUUGUGAUAUGCAAGGUCUUCCAUGGAAAAAGUGACCUACGGUAAAAUGUGAGGCUUCAAGUGGGUACUGUAUUUCAAUAAAGAUUGCUUUUUGAGGGAAUUCUUUUAUGCAUUUAUUUUUUUAAGCCUGGUGUUGUUUUCUGUGGCUUAUCAAUCUACUACUGAUAAUUUACAAAUAAAAGAAAAAUACAAACUUGAAAUGGGAUUUUUGCAUUGUGGGAUUUGCAAAUCAAUUUUUUAAUAAAGUAUAAUAUAUAGACAAUGUGUGCCUGCUGUACAGAUGUACUAUGCUGAUGGUGUUUUUACAGUGCUUUUUUUUUUUAAGACUGUAUUAAAGAAGUAUAAUUUUUUAAUGUAAACAGUGUUUGGAGUGAUAUUGAAAACCAUUACUGUGCAAGUCACAGGCAAGUUCAGUGAUAAUAAACAAUGGUUGAUUAAGUUUUCUCUUUGACUGAUUUUUGUACUUUUAAAAUAGUUUUAAAACCAAGUUCACACAAGCACACACCUCCAGUGAGUCACCUGUAGGAAUAAAUUAAUUUGGCAUGGUAAAUGUAUGUGUUGAGUGGUUUUACACAUUUUUUAAUUGAAUAUGUCAUUUGAAUUCAGUAACUGGCUACAUUUCAAGGUAAUCUGAAACAAUCCUGGGUAUGGUUACAGAGGUUUUUAAAGUCUAUUAUGGUAACAGUUGCAACAUUAACUUGCACUAACUGGCACUGAACACAAACAAUAGCAUGGAUACAAAAUAAAGCAAAAACAAAGAAAAGUUAACCAAUGGUAAUGUCAAAUCUCAGAACUGCCAGAAGACGACUGUUUUCCCGUAAAGUAAGACUUUCCCAUUUUUGAAGUCUUUUAUGUCGACGCUUACACGCCUACAGAUAAAAAUGUGAUAAGUGUUCCCUGUUGCCAUGCUUUCUUAAUCUGGGUCAUGUAAACAUGCAUGCAUGCAUGCAUGU